UUCUCGACACACAUAUCUAACGGGCGGUAUUCGGAUGCCACGAUAUAAAAAUUAAAGAAGAUUGCCGGAGACUUUGACUCCAAAAGAUUAUAAGCUAUAUACUAUAAAUGCACCAUAAAUAUACUGGGACAUGGAGGUUCCGUGUUGGAUAGCAAUCUCAUACCGGCCUUAAAAAGGUUUAAAAAUGAUAAGCUUGUUUGAGGUUUGCUCAGUCGCGUGCGUUUCUUCGUUGUGAUUUGAUGCUGGUUGCGGUAGAGAAUUAAUAUUAUGGAACAAAAGAAUGGAGGCUUUAAGGAGGAUACGUCUUCGGAACAUUCGGAACCGUCGACAGGAUAUAAUGAAAAGAAUACCCUGCAAUUGGUUACCGAGCCAGCGGAUCCUGAAGAGGGUUUAAGCAACGAAAUCUUAAUCGACUCGAGGGAGAAGAAAAGUUCAUCAAAGCAACUGCCUUGGUACUAUUCUCCUGUGUACUUGCUCUUUUGGGUCGGACUGUUCUUCGCAGUGAGCUAUCCGCUUUUCUAUUACCUGCCAACUGGAGUGAAGAUCGAGGAGGAAUCCGACUUGCCACACACUUUUGUGGCCGAACGCGCGGAAAGCAUACUGAUCAAACUCGAUGCAAUGGGUCCGAAGAUAGCCGGGGAUUACGUGACCGAGGUGCUCAUGGUGGAGUUUCUUCUAAACGAGAUAUCAAAAGUUCGUGAGGCGAUGCGAGACGAUCUCUAUGAGAUGGAGGUGGACGUACAGCACUCCAGUGGUGCCUUUCUCCACUGGCAAAUGAUCAAUAUGUACCAGGGCAUUCAAAACGUGGUGGUGAAGCUGAGUUCCAAGAGUUCUAACAGUAGUUCCUAUCUAUUGGUGAACAGUCAUUACGACUCAAAGCCCAGCAGUGUGGGCACUGGCGAUGCGGAACUCAUGGUGGUCACCAUGCUCGAGACGCUCCGUUUAAUGGCCACUUCCGAGGAGACCUUCUUGCACCCCAUUGUAUUCCUGUUCAAUGGCGCCGAAGAGCAGCCCUUCCAUGGAUCGCAUUCGUUUAUAUCCAACCAUCGCUGGUCUGCCAACUGCAAAGCGUUAGUCAACUUGGAUUCGGCAGGUGCCGGCGGACGUGAAAUUCUCUUCCAGGGGGGUCCCAAUCAUCCGUGGCUAAUGAAGCAAUACAAAAAGAGUGCCAAGCAUCCGUUUGCCACCACCAUGGCCGAGGAAAUCUUUCAGGCUGAUCUGAUACCAUCGGACACAGAUUUCCGCAUUUUCCGAGACUUUGGACCGGUGCCAGGUCUGGACAUGGCUGGUUGCUACAACGGCUUUGUCUAUCACACAAAGUUCGAUCGCAUAAAAGUGAUUUCCAGAGAUUCACUGCAAAACACUGGUGACAAUGUGCUUUCUCUGGUUCGCAGUAUAUCCAAUGCCGAGGAAAUGUAUGAUACUGAGGCUUACUCAGAGGGUCACUCGGUUUUCUUUGACUAUCUGGGCCUUUUCUUCGUUUACUACACGGAGUCAACGGCUCUAAACAUCUCAUUCUCCCUGGGAGCCAUCCUGGUUAUUUGCCUUUCCCUUUGGCGCAUGGCGAAGGUCACGGAUCGGAGAGUGGGCACCUAUGCCCGGGCCUUUGGCUUGCAGUUCCUCCUGGCUCUUCUGGGAUUUCUGCUAGCCCUCGGCUUUCCCCUGCUGAUGUCUGUGUUCUACGAUGCCGGAGACCGCACGAUGACCUACUUCAGCAACAGUUGGUUGGUCAUUGGUCUCUUCAUCUGCCCCUCAAUUAUAGGUCUAGUCUUGCCUCCGACUCUUUACUUGUCGCUGCGACCACAUGAGAAGAUACCGCACACCUAUCACCUUCAAAUUGUGGGACACGCCUACUGCGUUCUGAUGGCAGUACUUUGCAUUCUACUCACGGCUGUUGGCAUUCGCACGGCCUAUCUCUUUAUGAUGUGUGUGUUUUUCUACUUGGGAGCUCUAAUCAUCAACCUGGCUACGCGUCUCCAUGACAAAGGUUAUCUCUGGGCUGUGGUGCUCUGUCUUUGCCAGAUUCCUCCCUAUCUCUACUUCACCUACCUGUUUAAUGCUCUUCUGGUCAUCACCAUUCCGAUGACGAGCAGGAAGGGCAUGGAUGCCAACCCCGAUUUGUUGAUCUCUAUUGUGUGUGCUCUGGGUUCAAUUCUGGCAAUGGCCUUCCUGGCUCCACUGCUGAAUAUCUUCAAGCGACCUAAGAGCAUGGUUGGUGGACUGGCCCUAGUGAUGUUUGUCUUUUGCAUGAUAUCUGUGUCGGAGGUGGGCUUUCCCUAUCGCGCCGAAACAAAUGUGAUGCGUCUACACUUUCUGGAGGUACAUCGCAAGUUCUACGAGUACGAUGGAUCUCUCAGUCUGGAGGACAGCGGAUAUUACUUUGAUUUGCAGGACAGACGUCUAGAGGCUCCGCUUCUGGACAAGAUCAACCUCACUGGGUUCACACGCCUGGAUGAGCAGUGCAAAACGCAGAUGAAGUGCGGCAUGCCGUGCUUCAACCAUCGUUGGUGUUUGGCCGUGAAAGAUGCCCGUUGGCUGCCCCGUGAUGAGCCCGUCGAUUUGCCCGGUUCUCCGGUUUUGCAGCUUGUGAACAAGACAGUUUCGGGCACUCAAUCCGAUCCAAAGGUUCGGCUUGACUUUAUAGUGUCAUCGGGUCCACCGAGGAUGAGUUUCUUCGUUCAACCGCUGAAGGGGGUCAAGAUGCUGAACUGGUCCUUCCUCAAGGGAAUGCUGGACAACCCAUCAGUCUAUAAGCCUCCCUAUCAUGUGUUCUUUGGCUACGGCAGCGAUAACUCGCCUGUUGAAAUCUUUUUCGAGAUGACGAAGGAAGACGGCAACUUCGAAGUGCCGCUGGUGGAGUUCGGUAUCUCCGGGCACUAUAUGAGUCACUUAAGUAAACGGGAUGCCACGACUCAGAAAUUUAUUGAGGAUCUACCGGACUUUGCUCACCCCAUGGAGUGGCCUAGUUCCUAUGAACGCUAUAUCUUCUGAGAAUAACAAAUAGUGUUCAUAGUAAUACUAAGAUUUGAUACAA